AUGGAAGAGGAAACAAACAUUAUGAUGUCAAGCACCACAACAUACCUAACUGGAGAUUGUGAUUCAAGCAGUACAAAUAACAUGCAGUCCAAAAAACACAAAAGAAAUGCAUAUACAAGAAAAGCUUGUAUUUCUGGUUCAAGAUUUAAAGGUGUAGUAGGGCAACACAAUGGCCAUUGGGGAGCUCAAAUAUAUACAAAUCAACAAAGAAUUUGGCUUGGGACAUUCAAAUCAGAAACAGAAGCUGCUAUGGCUUAUGACAGUGCUGCUAUUCGACUUCGUAGUCAAGAUUCACAUAGAAAUUUGCCUUGGACAAAUUCUACAGUUCAAGAACCAAAUUUUCAGAGACAGUUUUCAACUGAAGAUAUUCUUAGAAUGAUCAAAGAAGGUUCUUAUCCUACAAAAUUUGAUGAGUAUUUGAAAGAAAAAUAUGAAGAAUGUCACCCUUUCAAUACUUUGCCAGUGGCGGAGCUAAAGGCGAACGAGGGAUUCUCAUACAAGCAGCUUUUCCAAAAGGAGCUGACUCCAAGUGAUGUGGGAAAGCUAAAUAGGCUUGUAAUCCCAAAGAAAUAUGCAUCAAAAUACUUCCCACAAAUCCAAGAAGUUCCAGAUGUUGAGUUGGUGUUUUAUGAUACCUCAAGAAGACAAUGGAAGUUUCGUUAUUGCUAUUGGAAAAGUAGCCAAAGCUUUGUUUUCACAAAAGGCUGGAAUAGGUUUGUCAAAGAUAAAGGUUUAAGAGCAAAUGACACAAUUGUUUUCAACUUGUGUGAGUACAAGACUGGACCAAAAGAGAUUUCUGCUGAUUUUGUGAUAGAUGUGUUAAAAGGUGUUGAGGUUUUGCCAGAACCAAAAGUGGAAAUUGAAGAAAGAAUGAAGACACAAUCAACUGAUGAUCAUGCUGUGGAACCAGUUUGGCUUUUUGGGGUGCAGAUAGGCUGGUCGACUAACAACGACGACGACGACUAUAUGAAUCGUCACUUCUUCAUUUAA